AUGUUCUCAAAAACAUUUCUUCGAUCUUCCAAGGUAAGUGUAAUAUGAGCUGUGACUUUGCCCGGGCAACACGUUGCUUCUUGAAGAGAAGAUUUUGUUUUAAAAUCGGUUUGUAGUUUGUUUCAUUAUUUUAAAAGUUAUAGAUAAUAUAAAAUAAUGUUUUUUGCUGAUUUUCAAAACUUUAUCAGGCUUAUGUAGGACGUUUCUUUCAGACAUUGCGAACAUCUGUUCGGACGCUUAUGCUUCAUGAGCACUGUGGUGUAGGCUUACUUCAAAAGGCCGGAAUUAACGUGCCACCAUUCGGCGUAGCUACAUCAGCUGAAGAAGCUUAUGAAAAGGCCAAGUCGAUCGGUGAGUUAAGGUUGUCUUGAUUUAUAUUUGACUUUUAGGAGGUAAGGACUAUGUUGUCAAGGCCCAAGUGUUGGCUGGAGGUCGUGGUAAGGGAAAGUUUGACUCUGGGCUCGAAGGAGGUGUCAAGAUCGUCUACACGUAUGUUAUUCUUGUUUUUGUUUGUAUUUUAGUGUAACUUUGACGGAUAAGGGAAAUGGAAGACGUGUAAAGCGUAUAAUGAUCCAAACAUAGAGCAACGUUUUUUUAUUUUGACGUUUUAGGCCAGAAGAAGCUCGUGAAAUGGCCAAGAAGAUGAUUGGAUAUCAUCUCCAGACUAAGCAAACUGUUGGUGAAGGUCCAUUAUGUGAAAAAGUGAUGGUCGCCAAGAGAUUGUUCACUCGUCGUGAAUACUACUUUAGUAUCACGUUGGACAGAGUCACUAACGUAUGUUACUUUUAUAUUUUGCGGUAGUUUUAUAACUAUAAUGUAAAAUAUUAAAUACUAACAAUUUUAAGCAUUGUAAACUUGUUUUGGUGUUUAUAAAAGUCAAAAUCUUGGUUUCAGGGACCAAUUCUGAUUGGAUCGUCUCGUGGUGGUAUGAACAUUGAAGAAGUUGCUGCUACAGAGCCGGACGCUAUCAUCAAAGUGCCAAUUGAUAUUAACCAUGGAGUUGAUGACAAGAUCGCUCAAGAUUUGGCUCAGAAAAUGGGAUUUGCUGUAAGCUUAGUAUAAAUUAUGAUUUUGAAACUUUAGGGAUGUUGGUGUUACUUUUAUAAUGGAAUUGUAUUUUGUUUUUAUGAAACUUCUUAUAUCAGAUUAUUUGGAGUUUGACAGACGGUAUAAUCGCGUUUUUUAGGAAUCUUCUCGUGACCAAGCUGCUGACAUUAUCAAAAAGCUGUACAAUGUCUUCCUUCAAUCUGAUUGCAGUCUGCUCGAGAUCAACCCACUUUCAGAAGAUGUUGAUGGUAAUGUAGUGUGCAUGGACUGUAAAGUCAACUUGGAUUCAAACGCCGUCUUCCGACAGAAGGAGUUGUUUGCUUUGAAGGACGAGAAACAAGAAGAUCCUCUCGAAGUUCGUGCUGGCAAAGCUGAUCUUAACUACAUUAGAUUAGAUGGCAACAUUGGAUGUUUAGGUAGGAUAUUGUGUGGUAUUUGUUUUAAAAUGAUUAUCUUGAUGUUUUUUUUAUAUCUUUUGGGAUUUCUUUUAAAAUCUAUGCCAAUAUUGUUUAGUGAAUGGAGCCGGGUUAGCCAUGGCUACGAUGGAUAUCAUCAAGCUUCACGGUGGAGAACCAGCGAACUUCUUGGAUGUUGGAGGUGGCGCUACUGUAGAACAGGUGACGGAAGCCUUCAAGAUCAUCACAGCUGACAAGACAAAAGUAAACGCCAUCUUGGUCAACAUCUUCGGUGGUAUUAUGCGUUGUGAUAUCAUUGCUCAAGGUAUCAUCAAGGCCGCUACUGAACUCGACUUGAAGAUCCCUAUUGUUGUUCGUCUACAGGGUAAGACUAGAAUGUUAUAUUAGAGUUCUGAUGUUUUGUCUUAUUAUUAUUUGUCUUUUACAUUUUCUAGUUGAAGAUGAUUGUAUUAAAUUAUUUUUUACAUUUGUAUAUUCUUUCUAACUUUAUAUAUUAAAAUGUAUCCGUCACAUUGUACAUAAGACCACUAAAUAACAUUUCCAUCUUCAGGAACCCAAGUCGAAGACGCCAAAGCCCUGAUCGCCAACUCCAAAAUGCGGAUUCUGGCCUGCGAUUCCCUGGACGAAGCCGCCAAGAUGGUCGUGAAGUUGUCCUCCAUCGUUGGCCUAGCCAAAGCCGCAUCGGUCGAUGUCAAGUUCGAGCUCUCAAUCUAA